CCUCUUUCCCCUGACCCUUUGCACCCGACGAGCCUUGUUACCGCCCCCCUUUUUCCGGCCGGAAAUCCGGCAAAGCUUGGGGAUUUCUCCUUAUUUUCUUGUUUUAAAACACCUGUUGAACCCAGAAAUCUCCCUCCCCUGUUGGAAAAUCCGGAUCUGCCCUGCUUUGCUCUGCCCUUCCGCCGGCUGCUCCUACCUUGUGGGGGUGAUUUGCUCCGAUUUUGGCCGUGAGCUUUCUUCUUCCAUGCCGCCGGCAACUUCCCCAACCUGCAGUCCGGUUUCUUUGCUUGCAAAUUCUGGUUUUGAUCGUUCUGUCACCGUAGCACUUGGGUUAGCCUUCUGUUCUGUGCGAGUGAGGCAGUGAAAGCGAGGACGGGGAAACCACGGGAAGUGACGAGUUAGAAGGCUAGCCAUUUUGAGAUUGAUAUAGAUUUGAGAAACAAAUCAUGAUCUUGUAUUUGGAGAUUUUAUUGGAGACUUAUGAUAUCAGAGUAAAUUUUAAAGAUUUGAUCUUCAGAUUUUGGUGGUAUCAGAGUGUGAUAUGAUAAGUUCCGAGCCUUGUGCACUUGUGGGACCCGUCUCACGAGUGCACGGCGUCUGUCGCGCCUCGGAUUUGGGUUCUGGGGCGUGACAGAUUUAGUGGUAUCAGAGCUUAGGUUUGAUUAAAAUUUCAUGAUGUGAGAGCCUAGGUUUAAAUUAAAUACCUAGGAUAUGUUUUGAACUUGACUAGUUAAUGGAUUUAGAACCGUGGUGAGACGAGUGAUGGGGUUAUACAAGGGACGAUUUUGAUUUGUGUUGCCUGAAUUUCCUGAUCUGCUUUGAUGAGGUAGUAAUUCAGUUAGUUCUUGUUAUUUGUCGUUGGUGAGUAUUUUUGGAAUUAAUCUUGCUCACUAUGCUCUUAGGACCUUGUUUGGAGCUUGGUCCCUUGUGAUAGUGUGCUUGUUUUGGUUGUGGAAGGAUGUAUAAGGCCUUCCACAUUAGGUCUGUUUGUUUGAGUAUUCAUCUGGGCAUUCAUACGUGAAUGCGAGCAUAGACAUACAUGAGCAUAUACACGCAUACACGCAUGCACACAUGAGCAUACAUGCAUCCACACAUGGGCAUUCAUACAUGCAUGCAUAAAGGCAUUCAUUCAUACAUGCAUAUGCAUGCAUUCAUCCGUUCAUGAUUCGAUAUAUCCGAGUGAUGUUUAUUCGUCUCGGAUAGGGUUCCAUCGUUUAGUUGGAUUGAUCAUUAGACUCCCUGCCAUGUUGUUGUGUUUG